UGGAAGUCUCCUCUUUCUAGAAUCUGAGGCUCCCCCCAAAGGCAUUCAAGAAGACCUCCGGAACUGACUUGCUCGAAGUCCUCCAGCUGGAGAGGAGCUGGGAGGUCCAGAGGCACAAAUCCUCGCAAGGCGGCCAUGUCCUCCUCCAACGAGUCUCUUGGCCCCCCAGCUUUCUUCUUGACGGGCUUCCCUGGCUUGGAAAAAUCCCACAUCUGGAUUUCCAUCCCCAUCUGCUCCAUGUACUUAGUGGCCAUUGCUGGGAACUGCACUAUCCUCUUCAUGAUCCGGACAGACCCAACCCUCCAUGCGCCCAUGUACUCUUUCCUCUCCAUGCUGGCCCUCUCAGACCUGGGCUUGUCUUCGGCCACUUUGCCCACCAUGCUGAGUGUCCUUUGGUUCAACCACCGCCCGAUCCACUUCGAUGCCUGCCUGACCCAGAUGUACUUCAUCCACACCUUCUCCAUUGUGGAGUCAGGGAUCCUACUCUCCAUGGCCUUUGAUCGCUUGGUGGCCAUCCGCAACCCGCUGAGAUACACAUCCGUCUUGACCAAUGAAGCCGUCAUCAAGAUUGGGGUGGGGGUUUUCCUGCGAGCCGCCUUCCUUGUGUUCCCUGCUUCCUUCCUCCUGAAGAGACUGCAAUAUGGAAAAAUAAAUGUUCUUUCCUAUUCAUUCUGUUUGCACCAGGAUAUUCUGAGUGUGGUGCGCUCAGACAGGAAAACGAGUAGCAUCUAUGGCUUGAUGGUGGUGCUCACUUCCAUGGCUACUGACUCUGUCUUGCUCAUUGUGUCCUAUAUCCUGAUCCUCACAACUGUGCUGAGCAUUGCCUCCACAGUAGAGCGACUGCGGGCCCUGAAUACCUGCAUCUCCCACAUCUGUGCAGUCCUUACCUUCUACAUACCUAUGAUUGGUCUCUCUAUGAUCCACCGAUAUGGGAAAAACGCCCCCCCAGUGGUUCACAUUCUCAUGGCCAACGUCUACCUUUUGGUGCCACCCCUGAUGAACCCAAUUGUGUACAGCGUGAAAACAAAACAAAUCAGAACACGGAUCGUGAAAAAGUUCUGGAAGGGUAAAGGCUCCCGUGAAGCCGCUUAG